AUGUGGCUGAAGUGGACACGCAGCGCCGUGUUCUGUGCCUUCCUGCUCGCAUCCGCCCACGCUCAGAGCGGAGACGGCGAGUGGGGGUCAGGGGCGGAGACACCAGGUCUGGUCUUCACCAGCAACGCCACCACAGCCACAACCUCACAGGAAGUCGGCGACGACCCCAUUCAGAUUGGUGAUGCCGGCUGGCCGCCGCCGUUUUUUGAGGCCAUCUCGCUGGGCGAGGAUGGGGAGGAAGCCGAGGGCGAGUGCACGGUGAACUUCCAGACCAGCCUGGCAUGGGCGCGCCAGAUGAAGGCCUACAGGGACGAGCUGACCUACCUCAAGGCCAUCCAGCACGGCAACCAGGCGGUGGUGGAGAACCUGGUGCAGUAUGUGGGUGCCGAGAUGGGCGAGCAGCGCUACCAGGACGUGAUUGAGGAGAACAUCGGCGGCAUCAAGGAGGAACACAGCAGCUGUAGUGGGGUGGUGGAGAAGACGGCCGAGGAGCUGCAGACCCAGCUGGCGGGGGACAGCCAGGAGGCUCUGACUGGCAUUCAGAAAAUCAAAGAGGAGUCCCUGGCCUUUGAAGACAUGCUGCGUGCUGCCACAGACAUCGCCGGCCGACUGGAGAGCACCUCCAAGGCCCUCCACGCCUCCCUCACCCAGCAGCUCAGGAACAGCCUCAAAGGCCCCCGCCACUGAGACUAAAACACGAAGAAGGACACUCCGCUUGCCAGGGAUGGGUGCUCGUGUGGCACAAACAGCGCCAAUUUAAAGGACCCCUCCU